AUGGCCGAAUCCCUAAGUGAAGCUUCUGGAAGCCUGGAAGUUCUGGAGGCCAGUGAUGAGGGAAAGAAGAAAUCCAAAUUUAGGGCCUUCAGGAGCUUUUUUGGCAAGAAGAAGAAAAAAGGGCCUGAGGAUCCCCAGGAAGGGAGGAAGCUAAAACCAAGCCUGUCCAGCUGCAACAUUCACAUCUCUGCCCUGAAGCCAGUUCAGGAAGGUCAGCCAGCUGAGUCUAGGGUCAAGAGCAACAUGGGGAGCAAAGCCCUGUCCCAUGACAGCAUCUUCAUUUUGGAUCCUGAGCCUGAACAUAAAAUCUACCCGUCUCCAGAGCUCCCGAGAGGCAGACCUCUGCAGAGAUCUUAUGUUUCCAGAACUCUGCCUAGAACCAGGACUCACAGUCGGCAUGGAGCUGUUUCUGGAAUUGUGUUUGGAACUAUGCUCCCAUAUGUACCCAGAAGUGCAAUUUGGGCUGAGGAAUACAAGACCACUGAGAGGUCAUCACUGUUCCCACGCCAAAGCAGCAUCAGCCCACCUCUUAUCCGAUCUGACACAAUCUGUAAGGACUUUGAAGAAAUCUUCGUUGAUGAAGAGUCACCUAAGAUCUCACCAAAGGAGGUUUCAGAGGAGAUCUUGACAUUGAAGAAGUCCUUGACCACGUAUGCCAUGAUAACCUGUCCCAGCAGCGCUCAGCUGCCCAUUGGUUUUAGCACCCCAGCCUCCACCAAGGGCUGUUUGGACUCGUCAGCUGCUCGACACAAGAUGGCCUUAAAUCCCCGGAAACAAAAGAAGAAGAAGAGCCUUCAGACGACUGUGAAGCCAAAGCAGGAGGAGCCAGACCUUCCAUUGGCAUCUGAAGAAGAGAAGAGAACAACAAAAUCCAAAGAAGCUGACCAAAAGAAGCCAAAACAAGACAGUGCAGGUUGGCGCAUCCUCACCCUCAUUCAGAAACGUGCCUCGAGCCUGGAGCAGAGCAAGAAAACUGCAAAUCUGGGUAAGAAGAUGGCGGAGCAGGCCACAAACCCAGAUGCUGCCGGUGCUCAGGGCUACCUGUCAGCGUCGGCGUACGGAAGACAACGGGCAAGAAAAGAACCCGGGGCUGUAGGAAUCAGCGAGUGUGGGCUCCGAGGAAGAAGCUUCAAACAGUCUUCUGCCUUCUCUGGACCCUUCUCUUUGGAGCAGUCCACCACUCCACCGACAGCAAGUGGGACUCCUCAGGAAGUACUUUCAGACAAAGAUGGCCUGGGCAAGAGGCAUCCCGGGGUAGACUUUAAAGCUGCAAAAGCAUCAGUAGCCCAGUCUGUGCCUGAAGACCUGGUUGGUGACCUGUCACCGUGCUGGGAAGGUGGAGCCCCCAGAGCCAAGGAGGCGGAAGCCAGAGCUACUCUUUCAUCCACAGUGGCCGAGUCCAAAGGGUGUAAGCGUUCUUCUCAUACCCAGUCAGAGAGGAAAGAAACCUCCAGCUCCAAGUUGCAAGGUCGCUGGCUGAAAACGGAGUCAGCUCAAGAUAUUCCGACUCUGAGCAGAGAGAAGCCGGCAAGUGCUUUGGCAAAGAGAGGCGUUUCUGUGGCGAGGCCACGUCUCAGGAGCCUUUCCUGGGCCGGGCUGGAGCCCCAAGCCAAAGAAGCGUUCUCGGAUUCCAAGAGUUCUGGAGAGCUGGGGGAUGGCUCAGAGCAGCAGGUGGCCCCCAGGCCUUCUGUCCAGUCCUUGGAGAGGCCCAAAGAUGACCAAAGAGUCUUCACAAGCCCGGGAAGUUCAGCCGCAGAGCCGAGCCCGCCUGGGCAGCAGCUGGCUUCGAGAUCCCCUUCGCGGGCCUUGGCGCAGCCCGAGGCUGAAGAAGUGUCCUUGGAUUCAGAGAGUGCUCCAGAGGCCGGAGGCCCAGGACUCCUCACAGACUCCAAGAGCACUUCUGCAGAGGAGGUGGUUUCUGGAUCUGCUCCUGUGGCCUUGGGGGACCCCAAAGACAAAGGGUCCAGAGGGCUGCAUAGCGACGCAGACGCCGACAAGUUCAAGAGUGCUGACCCUUCCCAGGCCUCGAGCGAGAAGCCCAAAGACCAACCAGGAAGCCCCUCCGUUUCGAAGUGCGCGCUUCAGGACUGGGGCAUUUCCGUGCAGGGGGUCACUCUCACACAGCCUCCUCAGUCCUUCGAGAAGCCGGCUGUCGAGCAGCAAGUGUCCUCGCACCCGUUGAGGGCUCCAGCACAGCCUUCCCAGUCUGCGGCGGGCACCAAAGCCGAGCAGCAAACCUCCUCGACGGCGCAUCUGGAGGGCGCAGCUCAGGAGUGGGGCCUCUCUGUGGAGCUGCUGCUUCUCAGAACCUCUUCGAAGCCCGUGCUGCAGCUUACAGUUGAGCAACCAGUCUCCCAAAGCCCAGACAUCGCUACGGCCACGGGCAUCAGUUCUGAGGCCCCCGAGCCUCAUUCUAAGUCUCCUCUGAAACCCAUAGCUGUGGAUGCCAUCCCCGUGGGUCCAGAUUGCAUGGCUGUCCAGGACAGCGUUUCUAAGCAAGUGCUGCCUUCCAGGGGUCCUUUCCAGGCCCUGCUGAGACCGGCAGCCGGGGAUCAAGUCUCUUGUGGCGCUGAAAGUGCCGUGGUUGAGAACAACAACGCCUCUAUGCAGCCGCUGGUCCCCAGGCUUCAGUCCCCGAGGGGACCUCUGGCCCAAGGCUCUGAAAGUCCGGAGAGUGCUGCAGCUGAGGGGGGCGCUUCUGGGGAGCCGCUGCUCCCCAACCAUGCUGCUCAGUCCCUGGGGAACCCUCAAAGCCAGCAGAUCUCAGAGAACGCUGUGGUCAAGGAGGGCACGUCUGCCUCGCCGCCUCGCCGAGGCCCUUCCCAGCCCUCGGGGGAGCCCAAACUCCAGGCACAGACCCUCAUCCCUGCCUCAGCGAAUACUUCUGCAGGCAGCGGCCCUGAGGAGAAGACGCCUCCUACAGACACCUCCCAGGCCUGGGUGAGCCCCAAGGUUGAGCAAGAAGCCUCGGUGGGUCCCGAGAGCUCUGCUGCUGUGGAGCAAGGCAUCGCUGUGGAGCCACUGCCCUCCAGGAAGCCCUCUCUGUUCUGGGAGAGGCCAGGCAUGGAGCAGCAAGCUGCCUCGGGUUCAGGAAGUGCUCCCGCAGCACAGAGCACUCCGGGAGAGCCAAAGCCUCCCAAGAGCGCUUUGCAGGCUCAGGGCCACCGUAAAUCCAAGCAAGCGGCCUCGAGGGAUCCAGAGGGUGUUGCGGCCGAGGACACGUCCAAGGAGCAGCCACCCGCCACAAUGUCUUCUCAGUCCCCGAUGAAACCCAUGGUGAAACGGGCAGUCUCUGCAGGUCCGGAGAGUGUGGUCGCCAAGAGGGAGGCUUCCGGAGAGCCGCUGCUUCCCAGGCAGUUUGCCAGGCUCCUUGCGGGACACAAAGUCCAGCAAAUAUCUUCCAAUUUUGAGAUCAUCGCUACAGAGGGCGCCAUCUCUGGGAAGCCAGUGCCUUCCAAGAGUCCUCCCCAGAUCUUGGUGAGGUCUAAAGUCCAGGAAAUGUCCUCACGUCUAGAGAACAAGGCCCUUGAAGGAGACAUGCCUAAGAAGUCACCGAUGCCUAGAUAUCCUUCCCGGUCAUUUGUGAAGUAUAUGGCAGAGCAAGUCUUUUCAGAGAGCCCCACGGCUGAGAAGGGAAUUCACGCAGAUCUUCUGUCUACAAAUCCACCUUCCAAACCUUCGAUGAGGCCCAAAGUCCAGUUCCAAGUCUUCUCAGGGCAGGAGAACGCCAAAAUGGAGGAAGGCAUUUCUUCCCAGCUGCUGCCUUCUAAAGGCCCCUUACAGUCCUCGGGGAGGCCCGAAGACCCCAAAGAAGUCUCCUCACCGUCUGAGAGUGCUCCCGCGGAGCUGAGAGGUUCAAAAGAGCAGCCACCUCCCAGAUGCCUUUCCCAGGCUUUGGGGAAGCUUGAGUACCAACAGUAUGUCUCCCCAGCCUCUGAGAGCGCUCUUGAAGGAAGGAAGAGCUCUGAAGACAAGCUGCCUUCCGGGGGCCCUUCCCAAGCACAUGUUUUCUCAACAGGCUCGGCGAGUGCGCCUGUGGAGCAGAGCUGUUUUGAGAGGCCCCUGCCUCCCAGUGCCUCCUUCCAGGCUUUUGCAGACCCUGAAGCUCAGUGUUCCGUGGGCACCGCUGUUGAGGGAGCCGUUCCUGGGAGCAAUCCUAGUGGCUGGUCCGUACCGAAAGGCUCAGCUUCUCCACGCGGAACCAAGAAACAUAGCCACGGCUCUCAAGACCUCGUUAAGAACAUCCUGGUUCUUGCUGCCAAACCCAUGCAGCUCACUUAUGCUCCUGCCAGCCAGACAUCCGCUUCUGGGGUCACUUGCCCCAAGGAGGAAGUUGUCAAGAGCAGCGAUCCGAAUAACAGCCACUCAGAUGUGCCCACCACCGAGGCUGAUGUUGAAAACCUCUUUGGAAUUCGACUGAGAAAAAUCCCUGCCUCCGAGAAGCUCAAGGGUGAGAAACAAGAUGAUUGUACCAAGCUGUCUUCACUCUCCUGGGGCCCCAAUUCACUUCCUGUACAUAAAGAGCAUCGGAUCAAAAGAAGUGCUUCCCACGGGUUUCUGGGCACAGCAGAGUGCUUCAUCCCAGGAUACGAGUUUGCAGAGAAGCAACAAGGCAGGCCCAAGUCUGAAGUCAUAGCCGGGAGUCAACCCGCUGACAAGGUCCCAGGAGGGGCGCCUGGUCAACAGGCAUAUUACAGCAUCUCAGAGCCAACUUGGAUAACCAAGCUAAUGGAGAAGCAGAAGGGUUCUCAGGUCCCUGUUCCUACGAAAGAGCCAGAAGCCAAGAACAGGGCCACAAUCAAAGAGGCUUCAUCUGUGGAAGAUAUCUUUGAAGACGGAAAACAGCCAGCAAGUAUUUUUACUUCCAAUGUCAGUAAACAAGAGCAGAUGGCACCAAAAAAGCUACUUGAGCCCACCAAAGGAGGACUGGAAGACGAGAAGCCAUUUCAAGAGCACCCCAUGAGAAAAAGAAUCCUGCGAUCUUCAACUCUCCCAGCCGUAUUCCAAGAGCCGACACAGUCAGAAGAGCCAGUCUGGUUCUCCAUGGCCAAGAAGAAAGCCAAAGCUUGGAGCCAUAUAGCCGAGAUCAUACAAUAAGUAGCUCCUGGGUGGAGUAUCAGCAUUUCAAAUGAUAAUUGCCAAGCGCUCUAGCAAUGCCUUGCAGUGAUUUAUUUACAGUAACCAUUUUUCUUCAUUAAGCAAAAGAGCCUUAAAAUGGUAAUUGAAGCGAAUAACCAUUAGAAUGUAGCCAAUGCCAUGAAUGCCUAACCUUCAGUACAGUCACUGCCAACAUCUGAAAACCCAGCAUUUCCUCCAUAGAAACGAUGUAAAAUGUUUGCACUGCUAGGGGGCAGUAUUGAACCUUGUACAAUGUGCCUUAGAAACCAGAAAGCAAAAGCGUUUUGCUAGAGCAACUAAGAUGUGGUCAUUUCCCUUAAGUAAGUUAAUUCGAGUGGAAAUGGCCAGAUGACUUGGCCCAAGGAUUGGCUUUUAGGUUUUAUGAGCCUGGUUAAAUGCUUCCGUCCCUGCUCCAAGCUUCGCAAAGGCCCCUGGAAGAAGUGGUGGAAGUGAAAAUUCUGGAUCUCCAAGGAAAAUUUUGCUCAGCCAGUCCCCCAAUUAGCCAUUGCCCUUUGAAACACCACCCGUGUAUCCCUGGGGCUCCCCGGUGCCUACAGCUUAGCUGCCUCUUUGCACAGGCCCCGUGUCGCAGGUCUGGCGGCAUUGAGCACCUCCCUAUGAGACAGAGCAUUGCUUGGGGAUUAUUGUCCCCAAGAUGAUGGUUAGACCUCUUGCCCCAAGGCCACUGCGAUGCUCUAAUUGCCGAGAAAUGCGCCAAACGCCAUAUAGAUCUUGUUUUUUAAGCACCUAAGACCCUACUGCAAUUCAAAAUUCUACAGAUGCCAAAAACUGUAUUUCCUAUCAGGCAGAUGGGAAGCCUUCCUUAAGGAAGGCUGGGGCCACUGGAGAGCUGUCUUCUCCGUGGCUCUAGCUUUAAGGCAGAAACAACCACAUAGCCCGGUUUCCAGUCUCUUUU